AUGGCGAAGACUAAGGAAAAGAAGGGAUCCAAGUUAGCAGCUCAGCUGGCUGCCAGGAAGUCAGCCUUGAAGCACUCAGCUUCGCAUCAGAAGGAAAGGGCACCAUCGACAGCAUCCACAACGGCAUCAUCAAGUGAGGUCAGGAAAAGGAUCACAGGAAAGAAGGCUGAAAAAGUGUUUGUCUACCGGACACCAGACAAGUCGACAGACUCCAUCAAGUCACCACCUCCUCCUGAGUCUUUGACCACAAAGGCAAGCGAUGAGCAUGGCAAGCACAAGAAAGACAAGGCAAAGAGCAAGCCGAACAAUGACACGGGUAUCAAGAAAAAUCUCAAGCAGUCAAAUCAGGAGGACAAGAAGUCAGGAGUCCACAAUGACAAGAGCAAGGGCAAGAAGGACAAGACUAAGGAGACAAAGGAGACGAAGCAGACCAAGGAGGCAAAGGAGAAGGAGACGAAGGAAGCAGAAGCAGAGAAGGCACCUGACUUCGAGCCAAUGGUGAACGGCAUCAUGGAGGGUGAGUCAAGUGAUGAUGGAAGUGAGAGUGAGAGAUCGACUCUGGUUCUUGGUGGACCUCAUCCUUCUGCUGAUGAAGCUGAGGACAGUCCUAGCGAUGAGGCAGCCAGUGACCCCGACUCAGAUGACAAUGAGGAUGAGGUGAUGGAAGACGAAGAGGAAGAGGAGGGAGAGGAUAGUGAAGAUGACAUGUCGGUAGAUACCAGUGAUGAUGAAGAUGCGACAGUGGCCCCGACAUCGGUCAAGGAGAAGCAGCAGGCAAAGGAGAAGGUCCCGAAGGAAAAGAACACACAGAAGGAGAAGAAGACCAGCAAGGGCAAUGAAAAGGAGACUGAGAAGAAUGACCGAAAAGAAAAGGACAAGUCGAAGGAGUCCAAGAACACAGGCAUCGGGCAGGAGUUGAGUGAAGUUUCCAAACGUGCGGCAGGGCAUGCACAGGCAAAUUCUGUCACCCAUAAGAAAGAGUGGGAUACAUUCAGCCGCCAGCUGAACGACAGAAAGAAGCUGCCAGUUCAAUUGGCAGAAUACGUCAACACCCGAAAGCUUGACCUGUUCCAGAUUUGGUUAGAAAACAAUCAGAAUCUUCACGAGUCCUAUCCUCAAUUGUCUCAAGAAAUUUGGUAUUUCCCAACUGCUGCGUCAAAGUACGCCAAGACUGACACCACAGCAGACCGUAUGUCUUUGAAGGGGAAAUGCAACCCAGAUAGUGAUCUUCUUGCCAGCUUGACCGCCGACACCGGCCCCCUGGCUGCUGGUGCCAUGCCUGCACUCGACAUGGGAAAUAUUGAAGGCCAGAAAUCCAUGUGCGAAAGCCUGGCAGGUGGAGCGGUGGCCAAAGCCAAGCCCAAGAAGGCGAAGAACGAGCAGCCCGCAGAAGAGGUGGUCCCAGAAAGUGGUGAGGCACGCAAACAGGCAAUUGCUCUUCGCCAUGUUCAAUAUGGAGGAGAUUUGGUGGAAAAGCUGUUUUCUCACAGUACCCAGAUGGAGAAAAUUUACAGUUGCUUCCAAAAUCUCUUCACCCAGCCUGAUGCCAAAGACGGCAAGUUUCUCAAGCUGAUGGCCCUGGCGAAAGAGAAGCGUGGCUGGUUUGAGACUGCGAAGGCUGCUGCCAAAGGCCUUUUGAACGGACUCACCAAGAAGAAGAAGCCUCGGUCGAAAGCUGCUGCGCGUCCCAAAGAUGAAGCCACACCGGCCCAAUCCCGGGACCAGGAGCCAACACCAGCUGUGAAGGCUUUUGCAAGCCUUGGCACGUUUGGCAAGAACAAUGCUAACGAGGUAAAGGAUUCAAUGAACAUCGAGAAGGUCUCUAUCCCAGUGCUUCUACCUCACGAAGUUUUGCAUGCUGUGUGGCACGCAGGGGAGCAGCAGGUUCAGGACGCAAUCCACAAAUGUGUAGCUGAGCUGGUGUCGUGGUCUGUGGCCUGGGCAAGCAAAGGGGUCUGGCCAACAGAAGGUUUUGAUGGGGAAAUCUUUGACACAACAUCAAUUCGCUACAAGUUGCGUGGGCAACCGAUAGCUCAAGAGUGGAGGCUAGCAUACUUUGGCUUCCGGUAUGAUGCCAAGGCUAGAGUGCAAUGCAACUUGUUCGAUCGUUGGUAUCAAUGCAAGCUUCUUUGUGAACAAUGUAUGUCCCAAAGGCCAACCCCGAAGCACGAUCCAAACAUGAACUACCAAAACUUCAAGGCAGAUUGCCCUCGCUACCUCACCUACAUGUCGGACCAAGACUAUAGGAAAACCGCUGAACGUAUUUCACCAUGGACAAGCAUGGAGGGCUGGCACAUGAAGAGUUGUUUUCACGAUGCCAUGCACACAAUUUACCUUGGAAUUGGUAGAGACAUUGUUUCCAAUAUCCUUGCCGACAUGGUCGACUGUGGUGUUUUGGGCCCGGGCAGUCUUGAUGAGCAGCUUCGUAGAUUAAGCCUGGACAUGCACAAGCGUUUCAAACAGGAAGGGAUCAACUGCAAGAAACUCUUCUUCACACCAUCCAACACGGGUCUGAAAGAGAACAAGUUCCCAGAGUUGGGGAGCAUGUGGAAGGCAGCCCAUGUGAAAAUGGUGAUGUGGUAUAUCGCUCAAACGGUUUCCGAAAAAGCUGCCAGCACAGGGGAUCUCAUUCUACAGGGUGGCGCAUGCUGCAUUUGGGCUUUGACCACUGCAAUCCAUCGAAUGGACCAAUGUGAGCUUUUGAUGGAUCAAUCAGAUGCUGAUUACAUAGCUGAUCAUUUUAUGGAUUGCCUCUUGCAUUGGCAAGGCAUGAAGCGAUCCUGCAAGGAUGCUGGUGUAAAAAGGUGGGGGUUCAGACCCAAACACCAUUAUCUUGAACAUUUGUCCGAGAGUGUCCGAAGGACACGAAUCAAUCCACGACACCUAUCAUGUUUCCAGGAUGAAAGUUACCUGGGUUCUAUCAAACAUAUAGCUUGCAAAACUCAUGCUGCUACAGCAUUGCUCCGAAUCUUCCAAAGGUUGAUUCUGAAUUUGGGUUUGCGAUUUCAUGAGGCCCGAGGUGGCUACAAGAAUCAGAAGUCACCCAAGCCCGGCAGCUCCAAACAACAAGUCCCGAGCCUUCUGUAG